AAGAAAAGCUCUUUGCGCAACAAAAUAACAGAAAACACAGAGACAAGUGAGAGAAACUACUAGAGAGAAGAAUGUCAAGCUUUCUUGGUUCUACGUUAAUGGAGGUUUCGAGUUUCUGUUGAUUUCUUUUCAACCUCAAGUAAACUUCAAAUCUCCUCCGUCUACUUCUGUAUCUCUUCUUCUUCCUCCAAAAACCCUGAAUUUCGCUCCCUCUGACCACCGUACUGACUUUACCGGCUCCAUUCGGUGAUCUACGGAGGUGAUAGCUAGCUAUGGCCACUCGGGGAAACACCAAUUCAAUGCAGAGAGUGAAGGUUUAUCGUUUGAAUGAAGAUGGUCAAUGGGAUGAUAAAGGAACUGGACACAUUACUAUGGAUUAUAUGGAGCGAUCGGAAGUAUUCAAUCUUUAUGUAAUUGAUGAAGAUGAUAAUGCGACAUUGCUUGCACACCGCAUCAGCAUUGAUAAUAUCUACAAGCAGCAAGACGACUCAAUUAUCUCAUGGAUUGACCCACAACACUCAGCACAAUUGGCUUUGAGCUUUCAAGAGACUGCAGGAUGCACGAUCGUAUGGAAUCAAAUAUCCAGUAUGCAACGGAUUCUACAUUUCGAUUCUCUGAACAGCGAAGCGUUUCACAAUGUGAUCAGUGAGUUGAAGGAGCUUCCUGAUGUCAACAUUUCUAAUCUUCCCCUAAUACUCAAGGUUGUUGCUGACUAUGGCAACACAGAUCAGAUGCGAUUAACCGAACUUAUGCUGAAGAAUCAGGGUGCUUUCUUUCAGAAAUUGAUCGAUGUAUUUGAUGACUGUGAGAAUCGGAAAGAUAUUGAUGGCCUUCAUAUGAUGUUCAAUAUUGUCAAAGAAAUCAUUUCGGUCAACAAUUAUCAGAUCCUGGAGAUUAUCUUAGGGGAUCAACUGUUCAUGAAAAUUUUCGGGUGCCUUGAGUAUGAUCCCGAUGUUCCCCAAUCUAAAGAUCACCGGACUUCUCUGAGAAAGAAUGUUGUUUUUGUGGAGGAUAUACCAAUUAAGAAUCCCCUGGUUCUGUCGAAGAUACACCAAACAUACAGAAUUGAUUUUCUGAAGGAUGUUGUUUUGACGGAUGUACUAGAUGUUGCUACAUCCGCAUUCCUAGAUUCAGUAAUCAAUGCAAACAAAGCUACUGUUCUUACACUACUGAAGGAUGACAUCCAAGAGUCAUUUGCAAGGUUACGGUCACCUUCUACAUCUGACGAAUCAAGGAAUAAUUUGGUGUACUUCUUGCUCGAAUUUUGUAGUUUAUGCACGAAAGAGAAGAAUGUAUCAGUCUUGAGGGAACUUAUCAGAGUCGGUCUUUUUGACAUCAUUGCAGAAGUCUUGAUGAGUUCAGAUAAGAAACUCGUAUUAAUGGGGGCAAAAAUCCUUAGUGUUUUGUUGGCUCAAGAUUCCAUCCGCUUAUGCUCUUAUGUUGUUCGACCAGAAACUUACCUCCUUGGUCUCUUGGUUAAGGGAAUGAUGGAAGAUUUUGGUGAUGAGAUGGAAUCGCUGUUUGUGGACAUUAUUCAAAAUGUAUUGGGAUGUGGUGGAGCUCAGGUCUCUGAUAAGAAGACGAAUAUGCAAAGGAUCAUUUGGGAUAUUUUCUGUGAGAAGCAUCUACCUGAAUUAGUUGAUUUCAUAAUGGCCUCAUGUCCUGAAAGACCUGGCGAUACAUCUGAAGGUGCAUUCGUAAGAGUUGGCAGCCAUCGUGGAACAAAGCCGGGAAUCCUAUUGCGCAUUUGUGAAUUGCUGUGCUCUUGCGUUCAGCUGGAUCCAUCCAGGACAAAUUUUCUCCAUAACAGUGUGAUAGAAAAGGUUUUGCUUCUCACUCGAAGAAAGGAAAAAACCCUAGUGGCUGCAGCUGUUCGAUUUGUCCGCACUCUCCUCUCUGUCCAUAAUGAUAAUGUCCAGAGUUACAUUGUUGAGAACAACACGCUGAAACCGAUUAUCGAAGUUUUUGUUGCUAAUCGUCAUCGGGACAACCUGAUGACUGCUGCUGUGUUGGAGCUUCUUGAGCACAUACGCAAGGAAUAUGCAGUGUUGGUCAAAUACGUAGGUGAUACAUUUUGGGACCAGCUAGCUCCAUUUGAGAACCUGCGUUCCAUCAAGGAUUUGAAAACGAAAUAUGAGAAGGGACCAAAGAGCACCACUGAUGAUGAAUCUGAUAUGAGACAAGAUGGGCGUGCUCUGGAUGAAAAAAAGCCAGCUUCUGCUUCCAGUACACAGAUGGAAGAAGCUGAUCCCCAUAAUUCCAAUGCCACAGCUGCAAGUUCUGCUUCUAGCACACAGAUGGAAGAUGCUGAGCCCUAUAAUCCUGAUGUCACAGCUGCAAGUUCUACUUGUAGCACACAGAUGGAAGUAGCUGAGCCCUAUAAUCCUGGUGUCACCGCUGCAAGUUCUACUUCUAGCACACAGAUGGAAGAAGCUGAUCCCUAUAAUCCUGAUGUCACAGCUGCAAGUUCUACUUCUAUCACACCGAUGGAAGUAGCUGAGCCCUAUAAUCCUGAUGUCACAGCUGCAAGUUCUACUUCUAUCACACCGAUGGAAGUAGCUGAGCCCUAUAAUCCUGGUGUCACAGCUGCAAGUUCUGUUUCUCCGAGCAAGAGGUCUGGAGGUUUGGUUGAUUAUGAGGAUGACGAAGAUGAGCUAGAGAAGAGUAAAAGACAGAAGCUCAGUUCAACAAGUGAAGGAAAUAAGAACACCCCAGAACAAGGUGGUGAAGCUAAGGAACCUGGAGAACUCUAAGGAGCUAAUGACGAUAGCAAUAGUUUAGAUGAAGAAAUUGACAGCAAGCAGAUGUAAAGAGAUGUUGAGAUUAACAUUCUUGACAAUAGAUAGGAUUUUUGAAGAAUAGAAGAAACUGUGUAUAGAGGGUUAAAAUGAUGCUUUUGAAGACAACUCGAUGAUCCGUGUAAAUGACUAUGCAAUUGCAUUUUGUAAAUGAAUCUUGUGUGAAAAUGAAAUUACAAUUUCUUAAAGAGAGACUUGGAGGAUUUCAUCAUACACCCGAGGAUUUAAGAUAAUUUCAGGCAGGUGUUUCUGUGUAUAUAUAUCAGAUUUUUUUGAAACAGG